GAGCCUGGGCUCUGUGACCCCCUCCAACUUGCUCAGUGAUCACCCAGCACCCCAAGAUGGUAGCAGAUGCUUUGGCCUGGCGUUUAUUGCUUUUAUUGCCUGUCCUCUGCCUGGAGCAGCCCCAGCUCUGGGUGCCACGGCAGGGGGAAGGUGUUCAUUCCUCCUACCCUGCCGUUGCCAUCAAGCAAGGAGGCUGUGGUUGCCUCGUGGCUGUUGCGUGCAGGGACAGGGUGCAAAGGGAAGGUGUCCAUCUGCCAGCAAGCACGGCCGGAGGCCGAGUGCCCUGCAGAGCGAGAGCCCGGGUGCUGGCACAGCUUGUAUGCUGAGGUUGGCUUGAAAGCAACGGUGCAAUAGUGGGGUCCAAAGUAUAAACGCGUUGGUCCAGUGCCUGCCAAGCAGAGAAGUGCUGCUUUCUCCCUCUGCGCAUUUCUGCGCUCCUGGGCUGCCCUCGAGCCCUGUCUGUGAGAUAGCAGCAGGGACGGGGUGGUCUGGAGCAUGCUGGCUCGGCUGUGCUCCCUCCUGUCCCCUCUGCUGCGGCUUCUGCUGGGCUGAACUGACGGUUCAUCUUUUGAGCUUUGUGGGGCCUGUUUAUAAGCCUUCUCCUUUGGAGGAGCAGCUGCUCAGCUCAGCAGCAUCUCGUGCACAAGGGAGCUCAUCCAGCUGUACCCUGAGAGCUGAGACUGUUGCUGGACUCCGACAUCUCCUUCAGCCAGGAUUUUUGUUUUGCCAUAUAAACCAGCCCCAGUUUGCAUAGAUUUUGCCAGCUGAGAUUUAUUCUACAUGAUUCAAGAUAACCUGAGUGGCAAAACUAAAGUUUCCAGGUAGGCAAUGUUUGACCUGCUUGCCAGUUAUUUUGCUUGGCAGAAAAUACGUAUUUUACUGGAAAAAAAAAAAAAAAAGUCGUGUUCCUUAGUGCUUAGGCUGUGAACGCUCCCCGGGCAGCGUUUCAGCAGGGUGGGGUUUAGGGAGGCUGAGGUACAGAGUUGGUUUCAGGCAGCCCGGGUCCCGUUGCCAGCUUUGCCAGUGGCUCUCCGUGACGGCGUAGCUGCUUAUCAGAGGUAGCAGAUGGGGAGACUUGGAACCUCCUGACCCUUUGGUCGGUCUAAAUCAGUGCAACUUGUUCAGCGCGCUCGGCUGGCUGCGCAGACUUCUUUGGAGCAGAGGCUGAGGAUGAGGUCAGGGUACCAGAGGGCUCUAUAUUUUUCUGGAACCUAAGGAAAAAUCCCUUCCCGCACGAGCAUUUGCUCCCUUGGUGUCUCCCCUCAUGGGGCUGUGCAGUGGCUCAGGAUCUCGUCCUGUUGGUGUAACUGGUGUAAGCCAAGAAGCGGAUGGAGAGCAUUUACAAGGACCAGGGGUGUUUUUAGCAGAGCCACCUGCCCCGCAGCAGGGAUGAGGGGGGUGGCCAACCCCAGCACCAGCGGGGAGGGAUUCUGACCCUGGAACUGCCCGGCUGCGGUGCUCUUACUGGUCCGAGCUGGGUUUCAGCAGGGAAGCAGGGCCUCUCUGUGGUUUUUGGCUCUCCGAGGUGUUUCGUUUCAGCCCGGGGGAAGCGCCCAGCGCGUUGGCAGGGCUGCUCCUCCUCUGCAGUCCCCCCGCGUGAGUGGAGAGCGGAGAGCUGCACCGAGGGCCGCCCCGUCACCCGCUACUGCGGCGGCGUUUACGGCAGCAGCGUCGCCCGUAAGCUGAAAAACUGGCCAGCACAAUGGGAAAAAAACAGAACAAGAAGAAAGUGGAAGAGGUCUUAGAGGAAGAGGAGGAGGAGUAUGUGGUGGAGAAGGUCCUGGAUCGGCGAGUGGUAAAGGGCAAAGUGGAAUACCUGCUGAAGUGGAAAGGCUUCUCGGAUGAAGAUAACACAUGGGAGCCAGAGGAGAACCUCGACUGCCCGGACCUCAUUGCAGAGUUCCUUCAGUCCCAGAAAACCGCACAUGAGAGUGAGAAGUCUGAGGGAAGCAAGCGCAAAGCAGAGUCUGACACGGAGGAUAAAGGGGAGGAGAGCAAACCAAAGAAGAAGAAGGAGGAGUCGGAGAAACCGCGAGGCUUUGCCCGAGGAUUUGAGCCGGAGCGAAUCAUUGGUGCCACGGAUUCCAGCGGGGAGCUCAUGUUCCUGAUGAAGUGGAAGAACUCUGACGAGGCCGACCUGGUCCCUGCCAAGGAAGCCAACAUCAAGUGCCCCCAGGUGGUCAUCUCGUUCUAUGAGGAGAGGUUGACAUGGCAUUCCUACCCCUCAGAGGACGAUGACAAGAAAGAGGACAAGAACUAACCCCUGGCACCCGCUCUGGCCAGCCUUUGUAUAAAGAUCUGAACUGUGGGUUUGAGCAAGAGGGAGAGAACGCAGCUCUGCUCAGCUGGGAGCGUAGGGAUGGCUGGAGAAGAUGCCCUUUGAAGAGACCAGUAUGGUUUCUGUGCCCUGCAGCUGCUCAACUGCUUUAUGCAGCUUCAUGCUGUGUGCAGAUUCAAACCAGCCCGGCUCAGUUUGA